AUGUUCCGCGAUGAAAGCACCAAGGUCAUCAAAAAAGCACACGCUCAAUGGGGAGUUACCGAUGGUGCUGAGAACGGUGCUGAGCGCGCAUCGGCCUCGACAGCUCCAUCACCGCCUGCUUCUUCGCCCUCUUACAGCCGGAAGGGCUCGCCGAACAGCACGAGGUCUGCAUCAAGAUCAGGAGCCGCGAAUGUACCUUCGCCAGCACCGAGCUCGGCAUCCUUUUCCGCCUCGCCUUCGUCAACGUACCGUUCUGUAGGCUCUUCAUCACCGCCAGCGCUCCCGGCUGUCAAGGAAGAACACAACCGCGAGUCCAGCCCUCCGACACUCCAGAUAGGUCCUACCCUCGAGGAGCAGGGUGUGCAGUUCUACGUCAAUAGGUAUUUGAUAGGGCAUCCUGAUGAACCCAAAAACGGCCAAGAUUUGAACACGGAGGGUUGGAUAUGGCAUCCAGCAGUACAGGACGUCAUGUGCGCCGUAGGCCUUGCUGGCCUGCAUAACCUGACUGGCAACGCCAAAAUGAUGUCGACUGCGCGAGAGAAGUAUGGUUCAGCACUACGACAUACUGGGAAGCUGAUCCGGCCUCCCCAUACACCGAGCAUAGAUGUGACAAUGAGGGCCGUGGUGGCCCUCGCCAUGUUUGAGGUUGUGAAAGGGACGCAUCAUUCCACAAGCACCGUCCAUGCCCAUGUUAUGGGCGGGGCUGCGCUGAUGAGAAGCUGGUGCCCUAUGCCCAGUGCUCCAUUUGCAGGCUUCAGGGCCUUGUUGCAGCUGUGCUACUCGAUGUUCAUACCUCUACACGUUGCUGGCAUGCCCAUGCCACCGGACUUCUACGAUUGGGUUUCUUAUGGUUCGCAACUCCAGCUGCCCAUAGACCGACCAUCGACCGACCUAGCCGUUCUGAUCGCUCGAUUUGUCGAAACCUCGUCUAUUAUUCAUAACCAUGUCAUUAGCGACGGAAAACCAAAGACGGCCAGCGUUAUUCAGCAGCUUUUGGAUCUUGAUCAAGAUUUGGCCUCGUGGGAGAGUGGACUGGAGGGAGAUUGGAUUUACCGCACCAUUCACGCCACCCAUCUCCCUCCUAAGGCAGUGUUCCAGUGCGAAUACCACAAAUACCACGACGUCUGGACUGCUCGAAUCUGGAAUUACUACCGAUGGUGCCGGAUUCUGGUCAACCAGAAUUUGCUGGAUCUGACGAAUAAGAACCCCGUAUCCAACGACGAGCAGACGAUCAAGGUCGCAUCGAAGAAGGACCCCAAGAACAAGCCUGACGGCCCUAUUAAGCUCAAGAAACCCGCUCCCAAGUAUAAUAAGCCUGGAAAUUGGAGGGAAGGAAGCAUUGUAGAAGAAGACAAGAAAUCAAAGAAGGAUGAUUCCGCAUCAAUAUCUGUCGCUUCUCCAGGACCCGUCGUUAAUCCCCUCGAUGAUAUCGCGCGCGAAGCCUUUGCGACUGGCCGGCCGCUGGAGGACACACCCGACCUACAACAAUGCAAGCACUGCAAGAAGAGCAUCCUCAAAACAGCCGCCAAGACUCACAUCGCCGCAUGUCUUAAGCUGAAGAAGGAGAAGGCCCAGAGGAAAAAGGAGGCGAGAGAGGCCCGCGAGCGCGCUAAGGAAGCUGCACGUGAAGAGGAAGCCAGAAAGGCAGACGAAGAUCCCGAUGGCAAAGGCGACGAUGACAGCGACGGCGAUGAAGACGGCGGCGACGGCAAAAAGGCUACCGGCAACAAAACUGCAAAGAAGACAGGGGGAAAGAAAACCGACGGUGAUACCGGCAAGGGCAAGAAGCGCAAAGCAGACGGAGACGCGGAGAAAGGGCCUAAGCAGAAAAAGAAGAAGGAAGAACCGAAGCCAAAGGCCCCCAAGCCGAAAGGUAUGGACCGUUGUCUCAUUGAGAUAUUCACCUGCAUGGGUGCAAAACGUGCUGUUGCGGGUAGAUCUCUUCCCUACGACAUGCUUCUGGCGGCGUACCAGAAGAAGAACCAGGCCAAACAGCAGAAGGCUGCUCUCGACGCCAAUGCCCCACUAGAGGACGAAGAUGAAGCCAACGCCGGGCCGGUUGACUCGGACGAAGAGACGGCCGCUGUCAUGAGUGCGCUGGCGCACUGGAAUCCACAACCUGUGGUGCCGCAGCCAGUACUCAUUCCAAUUAAGAGACAGUACCAGCUAGCUCGGCUUCACGAGCAGCUGCAAAUGGCGACGAACGGUGGAAGAACAAACAUAUUUAAAGUCAACGUUGUAUACUACUUCCCCAAGACCAUGGCGCCCGCAGGCGUCCUCGAUGCCUUGGGCCACGCCCUCGCAGGCGCCCUUGGAACUGCCUUCUCGACAGCUGCAGUGUAUCCCCUCGACCUUGUCACCACACGCCUCAAAGUCCAGCGGCAGCUGCGAAGCGAGGAUGCGAUCUCCGAAAAGGACGAGUACAAAGGCGUGGUGCAAGCCAUGAGAGCCAUCACGGCGCAAGAAGGCGGCAUAUCGGCCCUCUACACGGGUCUCGCCCAGGACGUUUUCAAGUCCAUCGCGGACUCGUUCCUCUUCUUUCUCUUUUAUGAGUACUUUCGAGGCACGCGCCGGCGCUCGCGUGGGAAACGACUGUCGGUCCUGGACGAGUUGGCCGUGGGCGCGUUGGCGGGCGCCUGUGCGAGAGCCUGCACGACGCCAAUUGCGAACGUAGUCGCGAGAAAACAGACAUCAGCGAUGAUUGAAGGCAACGAGGAGGGCGGGGACGCAUCGGUGUGGGAAAUUCUCUCGUCAAUUCGCGCAGAAAACGGCAUGGCUGGUCUUUGGGCCGGUUAUUCCGCGUCAUUGCUGUUGACCAUCAACCCUAGCAUCACAUUCUUCCUCAACGAAAAGCUGGGAAAGACCCUACUCCCGGACUCUGACGAAGCCUCGCACAACACGCACACUACAUUCCUCCUCGCUGCUGCGAGCAAGUCCAUUGCGACCAUCAUCAGUUAUCCCAUACAGACCGCAAAGGCCAGACUACAGAUGCGCGGUACUGCUUCGCCGCGGAGAAGCACUGAUUCCCAAGAAAGACCUCGUGCCGAGGACCUCAGCAAGGAGCCUUCUAGUCCAGGUGCGCUGGCCAAGACGAAGGAGGCGCUUGAUAACAGCGUGCUCGCCAUUGUCUUGUCCAUUGCCAGAACCGACGGAAUAGCGGCCUUAUACGCCGGGCUUCAGGGCGAAGUGCUCAAGAGCUUCUUCAGCCAUGGCCUGACAAUGGUAUCCAAAGGCGUCAUUCACACCUUCGUAAUCCGCCUUGGUCUUCUGCUGGUGUCCUUGUCACGGAGACAGUCGCGCGAUAUUAAGAUGCAGCACCUGAGACGAGUUUUCCUCCGACUUCGAUGA